UGUGAUGAACAGGUAAAGAUUAACAUUUGCCAGUUCUUCAAGGGGUACUUGGAGGGUCGAUUUGACAGUUGGUCGUGGCCUCAGUUACUGAAAUUGAAAGAUUGGCCUCCAUCUAAUUCCUUUAAGGAACGCUUACCUCGUCAUGGUGCUGAGUUUAUCAAUUGUUUGCCCUUCAAGGAAUAUACACAUCCUCACAUUGGUUUUCUCAAUCUUGCUGUCAAAUUGCCAAAAAAUAUUUUGCAGCCAAACUUGGGACCGAAAACAGAUAUUGCUUAUGGGGUUGCUCAGGAGCUGGGGCGUGGGGACUCCGUGACCAAGCUUCACUGUAAUAUGUUUGAUGUGGUGAAUAUAUUGACUCAGGUUAAUGCAGUAAAUCUUGCACCGGAUCAGCUUUCCAUAAUAGAGAAGUUGAAACAAAAGCACUUUAACCAAGACCAGCGAGAAAUUUUUGAGAAGCAGCAGCUUUCCCAAUUAAUGGAGAAGUCUGGGCCAGGUGAUUCUGGUAUUCAGUCAAGUACUGAUGCUGUUGCUGAAGUAUCAAGCUGCUCUGAAGUUUCUAUUUUGGGUGGUGGUGGGUCUCAUAACAUGCCUUUAGAUGAUAGACAAUAUGAUGAUGGUGGUUUUGUAAAUGCUAAAGGAGUAACUGAACAAGCAGGUGAAGUUGAUCUAUACCACGAUUUAAAUGGUGUUGUGUAUAAGAAGCUAGAUAAAGAAUGUCAUUCUGCUUUUUUAUCAGAAGAAGAUAGCAAAUAA